AUGGAAUCUUUGGCGCAGCUGAAAAGCAACCUUGCCGGAUUGGAUGCUGGAUGUCAGAGUGUUCUUCGCGCAAGAUAUCCAGGCCGGCGCAUCUUCAGCGACGUGACCUUGAUCAACGGUCUUGGUGAGACUAAUCGCCCAGCUUGCAAAUGGACGAGCAAAGCUGCCUAUUGCUUUUGGCGCCGGAAGGAGUGCAAGGUUGGCUUGAAGCCAAAGGGCUACGAGCUGGAUUUGGAGGUGGCGGGCGUUGGCGUUGGUGCUGCUGUUUAUUUCACGCUAAGUGCUAUAUCCCUCAGUACUUUGGGGCUAGUUGGCGUUGGUGCUGGGGUUGGCUACGGCGUGGGAAGUUGGGCGGUGGAGAAGAUCCGGCAGAAGCGUUGCGAGAAGCAGAUGGAGAUGUUGCCUGCGGAGCUCAAAGCUGCCCUGACGCAAUGGCACGCAUUCUUGGCAUCUCGUCUUGGACGGGAUUCACAACCCAAUCCCGCUGAAGCAGAGGCAUUCUUCGCUGAAUUUGCCCAACUACAGCCCUUCUACGCUCAGCAGGUUCAGAACUUCGUCCAUGCCCACGGUGGCAGUACAGUUGGCGGAGGUGCGUAUGCAGAAGGGAGAGGUGUGUCAUCUAUGCAAGCAGGCCGUGUACCUGUUGCAGAAGUGUGA